AUGGGGACUACUUUAUGGGGAACUAUUCUGAGGGUUAUAUUUAUUCUAAAAGAUAUUGGUGGCUUGAGAAUGGUCAUGUCUUGUUUGGUUUUCCAUCUCAUUACUGUUUGUUCCCGCAUUGCUAUUCACGACGUUGGUGUAAAAAUCGGUCGUUUCGAUCUCCAACAUCAUAAGAAACUAAUAAUGGCAUCUACCGUAUUCCAUACAGCUAUUACUGUAGCCACAGUAAGAUCAACAAUUGGAGAGUCUGAAGAUCUCACAAGAAUAUUGGAAAUGCUAUGGAGCCAACUGGGAUUAGGAAUUGUUUCUGGAAUCAGUACGACCGAAUUUUUGAUGGUGUUGACUGGUGGAUUCAAGAGUCGGAGUCUUGACGGCGAUCUCUCACAAGAAUUGAACACAGAAAGAACUGAUAGUGAUCCGAUAAUCGAGUGCAACAUCUGUUUCAUGGAAUUCUCCGCCUCCAGAAUCCCCAGAAUUCUGAAAAAGUGUGGACACACGAUUUGUGAGUGUUGUGCGGAUAUACUGCUAAGACAGAGAUAUAAUCAUAGAAUUGCAUGUCCAAUGUGUCAAACUGUAACAGAGCAUUAUGGGGGCAGCUCGAAGCUGGCCAAGAAUCAUGCUGUGCUGGAGUUUGUGGAAGGGAUCAAGAUGGAUGGAUAA